AAGAGGUACAGUUGUUGGUUGAGUCACAACGUAGGCAUUGGGCAGAAGUUGGAUGUACACUUAUGGCUGAUGGUUGGACGGAUACUAGACAUAGGUCAUUGAUUAAUUUCCUUGUCUAUUGUCCUAGGGGAAUGGUAUUUGUAAAAUCAGUUGAUGCCUCUGAUAUUGUGAAGAGUACUAGAAACUUAUAUAAAUUGUUUGAUGAAGUAGUUACAUGGGUUGGUCCAAAAAACAUAGUUCACAUGGUUACCGACAAUGCUUCCAAUUAUGUAUCUGCUGGUAAAUUGUUGUGUGAAAAGUAUAAGACCAUUAGUUGGUCUCCUUGCGCAGCACAUUGCCUGAAUCUUGUGUUGCAGGAUAUGGGAGAAAUGCCUCAUGUGGAGAGACUUAAAAAACGUGCAUCCAAAGUUACAGUUUUUAUUUAUAAUCAUGUAGCUUUGAUUGCUUGGUUGAGGAAGAGACCUGGUUGGACAGAUAUUGUACGUGUAGGAGCAACAAGAUUUGCUACUACUUUUCUUUCAUUUGGAAGUCUUCAUGUGCAUAAGCAUGACUUGCAAGCCUUAGUGACUAGCAAGUUUUUUGUGGACAAUAGAUUGGCAAGAGAGUCAAAGGCAAAAGAAGUAGUUUCUAUCAUUUUAGAUAAUACUUUUUGGGAUGAUAUUAAUGUUCUUGUCAAGAUUUCAUCGCCGCUCAUUCGUUUGUUACGGAUUGUUGAUUCUGAUCAAAGGCCUGCAAUAGGAUAUGUGUAUGAGGGCAUGCAUAGAGCACGGUUGGGAAUCAAGAAGAUCUUCCGAAUGAAGAAGCACUUGUACAAGCCAUACACUUCAAUUAUAAAAAUUCGUUGGGACAAACAUUUGCGUAAAGAUCUUCAUGCUGCUGCAUAUUGGUUAAAUCCUGCUUUUCAGUAUGAUGAGGAGAAUUUUUGCCGGAAACCAGCAGUACAUAUGGCUGUUUUGGACUAUAUUGGGACAAAAUAUGAUGGUGACAAAGAGAAGGUUAUUAAGGAAACCCAAUAUUUUCGAGACCGCAUUGGGAGCUUUGAUAGAGAGCUUGCAUUGUCAACAAGCACAACCACUCAUCCAGAUGAAUGGUGGAAGUUGUGGGGUGCUGAUGCUCCAAACUUGCAAAAAUUGGCAAUUAGAAUCCUUAGCCAAACUUCCGCUUCUUCUGGAUGUGAGCGUUGUUGGAGUUUAUUUGACCAAAUACACUCUAAGAGAAGAAAUAGAUUGGAGCAUCAAAGGCUCAAUGAUCUUGUGUUUGUUCAUCAUAACUUGCGAUUGAAACAUAGGCUUUACAACAAAAAGUUUAAUUUUGACCCCAUUGAUUAUGCAAGUAUCGACAAAACCGAUUUUUGGGUAUUUGUGGAAGAGGAGGACCCAUAUCUUAAUUAUGAAGAGUUGGAGAAUGCAAUUUAUGAAGAGGGUGCAUAUCCAGCAAGUGAAGGGCCUUCUUCUAAUAUGGAAGAAUCUGUAGAUGAUAGCAGUGAGGUUGAAGGAAUUGAUUUGGGAACAUUUGGACAACCUGUUGGCCCUCCUCCUGGAUUUCCAGGGAAUGAUGAUGAGCAUGAUGAUUUAGACAUUGAUGAUUUAUGAUUU